AUGUCGGGCAGCGUGCAAGUCGCCAACUACACCGGCGUCUCGGGCGUGGACGACUCGGGGUACUCCCCUGACCAGACCAACCCCAAUGUCUACUACGAGGGUGGUGACUUCGCCUGGAUCUUGACCUCGUCCGCCCUCGUUCUGCUCAUGAUCCCCGGCGUGGGUUUCUUCUACUCGGGUCUCGCCCGUCGCAAGUCGGCGCUCUCCCUCAUCUUGCUGGCAAUGCUGUCGGUGGCCGUCGUCCAAUUCCAAUGGUUCUUCUGGGGCUACAGUUUGGCCUUCUCCCACACUGGAAGCGCCUACAUCGGUGACCUUGGCAACUUUGGUCUCAUGAAGACCCUCGCACAGCCGUCCGUCGGAGGCACCAAGGUCCCGGAUCUCCUCUUCUGCUUGUUCCAGGGCAUGUUCGCCGCCAUCACACCUGCUCUUGCCAUUGGUGCUGCUGUCGACCGGGCUCGCAUUCUGCCCUGCAUCGUCUUCAUCUUCGUCUGGUCCACUAUUGUCUACGACCCGAUCGCCUACUGGACCUGGAACCCCAACGGUUGGGCCUACAAAAUGGGUGGCCUCGAUUUCGCCGGUGGUACACCCGUCCACAUCUCAUCCGGCGCCGCCGCGCUCGCCUUUUCCAUCAUGCUUGGCCACCGAACCGGCUACGCCAAGACAGCUGGUCUUCCGUACCGACCUCACAAUGUUACGCACAUUGUGCUCGGCACAGUUUUCCUGUGGGUUGGAUGGUUCGGUUUCAACGGCGGAUCGGCAUUGGCUGCCAACCUGCGUGCCGUUAUGGCCUGCAUCGUCACGCACACCGCCGCGUCCGUCGGUGCAAUCACCUGGGUUCUGCUCGAUUACCGUCUUGAGAAGAAGUGGUCGGUUGUUGGGUUCUGCUCCGGUGCUAUCGCUGGUCUGGUCGCCAUCACGCCCGCCUCUGGUUUCGUCACCCCGUGGGCUGCUGUCAUCUACGGUGUUGUUGGUUCAAUCGGCUGCAACUUUGCGACUAAGCUCAAGUUCAUCAUGGGCGUCGACGAGGCUCUCGACAUCUUCGCUGUUCACGCUGUCGGAGGUGUCAUCGGCAACGUUCUGACCGGUAUAUUUGCUGCUGACUACAUAGCAGCGCUUGACGGCUCAACCGUGAUCCCAGGUGGCUGGAUCAAUCAUAACUAUGUCCAGCUUGGAUACCAGCUUGCUGACUCGGUUGCCGGCUUCUCCUACUCAUUCGUCCUCACUUGCGUUAUCCUUUUUCUAAUGAACCUCAUCCCCGGACUCAGCCUCCGUGUUGACGCUGGCGAUGAGGAUACCGGAAUCGACGACGGCCAACUCGGCGAGUUCGCUUACGACUAUGUUGAGUUGCAGCGCCACACUACCGAUGUUCUCCCCUCGCACGUCAUGCCCGCCCGAUCUGGUUCCUCGAGGGGAGGUAGCGAGCACGAGAAGCAUCCCGCCCAACUGGUUUAG